AUGUUCAUGCAAACAGCUCGACGAAGCGCUCACUUUGGCAUCAUUUAUAGCUUUCAUACCACUAAAAGCUUCGGUUUGGUUGGCAGUCCCUACCAAACAAUGGUGAAGCCUAUACGAGCUUUACCUGUUACUACAAAGUCUCUAUGGUCAUGUCUUGGUCGUCAGAUGACCCGAACGACCAAGCAGCCGCUGGUUUGUUUUACAAAAGCUCGGAGGUUUACGGCUUCGACUGCUACAAUUGAGAACGUGGCAGCCAACCGCCCGAUUGCGUACUGGAUCUUUGGCACAGCGGCUUUGGUUGGCAGCACAAUUGCCGUUGGCGGUGCUACUCGUCUUACUAGAUCUGGGUUGUCCAUGGUAGAAUGGAAACCACAGGGUAGUCUGCCACCUACCACUCGAGACGAGUGGGAAGAACAGUUUGAGAUUUACAAGCAGUUUCCAGAGUACAAACAACGUCAGAACAUGACGAUGGAGGAAUUUAAGAGGAUUUUCUGGUGGGAGUACGGCCAUCGGAUGCUCGGCCGUACAAUCGGUCUUGUUUACACGGUCCCACUAGUUUACUUUAUGCUCCGCAAGAAAUUACCGAGGGAGCUUUACAAGCGCUUCGGCAUCCUAUUCGCUCUAGGUGCAACGCAAGGAGGUGUAGGUUGGUGGAUGGUGCGCAGUGGGCUGGGGGAGCACGGGAAGGAGCAGCUGGAGAAGCGCAACGAAGUGCGUGUUAGUCCCUACCGUCUCGCCACGCACCUUGCAUUUGCAUUCACGACGUUGGGAGUUCUUCUGUGGACAGGCUUCACCCUGGCCGCACCUCCGUCUCGCGCAGCACUGACGCGUGAGAUGAUCUCGCCCGAUGUGUUAAAGCAGACGACCCGUAUCCGCAAGAUCCUUGGCCACGUCUCGACUGUUCUCGGCUUCACGAUUGUCUCUGGUGCGUUUGUUGCUGGUACUGACGCCGGUAUGGCAUACAACACUUUCCCCAAGAUGGACGGUCAGUGGAUCCCCGACGAUCUGUUUGUGAUCGAGCCCAAGUACAAGAACUUUUUUGAGAACGUGCCUCUCGUGCAGCUGGACCACCGUAUUCUCGCUUUGAGCACGCUCACUGGUUUCGGUGCUGUGUAUGCAAUGGCUCGCCGUCCACACAUAUGGAAACAGCUACCACAGCAAUCACGUAAUGCACUGAACAUGGCAUUGACUGCUGUUGGUGGUCAAGUAUUGCUGGGCAUCACGACACUGAUCAAUUGCGUGCCAAUUCCACUUGCAAUUUCGCACCAAUGUGGUGCCAUUGUGGUCUUGACAGCUACGCUCUGGUCACAGCAGACGCUCAACUUUGCCAGACCACUCAAAAAAGCUGCUAUAGCUACCAUCAAGGCCACCCCAAACAGACGUUGCACGUGA